UCCCCGCAAUUCCAUCUACCCGACUUCUUUGGGGGGAAAGACUAAAGCGAGAAGAAAAUAACAAAGGUGUUGAGAACCCUCUCUAUUGCCAUGUGGAUGUGGUUGUGAUAGCAAAAAUGAGCGAUUCUCCUUCUCCUUCAUCCAUGAUGGGACCGCCUUCCUCGAACGAUCUGGCUGGCAAUACAAGUAUAACAUCAUUGAAAACCGCGGCACAAAAGAUGGAACCUCCAAAAGGAAGAGCGCUAUCAUGCGAACAAUGCAAAAAACGAAAGAUUCGUUGUAAUCGCGAAACACCUUGUGGUCCUUGUAUCUUGCGUAACGAUCAAGCAAGAUGUAAACCCGUCAUUCGAUGGGAAGCAGGAUGUAGUUUGAGCGAAUUCACAAUCUUGCAAAACAGGGUGAACGAACUGGAAGAAAGGUUCGAAUCCAUGCAAAGGGCUGUGGAAGGCGGUGUAGGCGAAGGGAGAAGAUUAUCGUUCUCUAAUGCUUCAUCAUCAAAGUAUGUCAUGGGCGCAUCAAAUACUCAAAAUGCAAACAACGUCAAUAACACAAGCGCACCUAGGGACGGUGAGAACGAUGCAGUGAUGAUGUUGGAAGAUUUUGCAAUGGGAAACCGUGCAAAUGCCAGACGUGCCGCUCAAAAGUUGGUACCAAAACCCGGUCUGUUAUCUUCACGUCCGGGUGAUAGUCCGGAUCCCUCCAGACUUGAAACAGCAGUCAAUCAAAGGAGCGCAGAUCCAGCAGCAGAUGUGGCUUAUAGGUUUUUGCGACUGGCACCUCCUCCUGAAACACAGCGGCAAAUCGUUCAUUACUACUUUGAAAGGUUGGAAUGGUACACGAAAUGCCUUUAUCGACCGAACUACAUGGAAGAUAUGAACCUUUUGCUAUCACUUGAUCUCGAAACGGCGGCCCGAAGUGUUCGUCCCACGUUCUUGUGUGUACACUUUAUGGUGAUUUGCUUGGCCAUCCAUCUUUGUAGCGGAGAAGAAGUUCUUCUUUGGGGCUAUGAUCGAGUGAGUGCUCAGUCCCUAUGUGACGCUCUCUUUGCCGGAUCUCAACAAUUGCUCUGGUCAUCGGAUUUCAUUGGAAGUCAUCAACUGGAACAUUUGCAAGCGGUUGUGUUGAUGUCGGUAUAUGCAUAUAAUGUUGAUGAGCAGGCAGAUGCUGCGUAUGCAUUAGUAGGAGCUUCGAUCAAGAUUGCACAGAAUUUGGCAUUGAAUAGGCUGGACGAUGUACGAUUCCUAGAGAAAGAAAGACAGAAGAACAAGAGCGCAGGUGCUUCUGCUCAACAGCAACAAUCACCAUUGGAAAGAGAAUUGGGAAAGAGAGUGUGGUGGUAUCUUGUUUGGCUUGAUUGGAGUCAUGCGCUGUCACAUGGAGGUUGCUAUGCUAUCCACCCAAGUCAUAAUCGAACAAAUCUUCCUGCUAAUAUCAAUGAUGAAGAUCUGACAGCUUCUGCUACCGUAGUGCCCAAACCGCUUGAGGAAUAUACGUCCAUGAGCUUUACGAUCUGGAAAUUACGCUUCUUGGAUGUGUAUAGACAGACGAUCGAUCUGUUGAACGGGCCAACGGGAAUGACGCACACGCAAUUGACAGAGAUGGAUAAAAAGUUGAUGGAAAUGUUGAAUGGAUUGCCCUCCUACUUUCAACUUCGUAUGGAUGAGCAAGAUCAUUGGACGUUUGGCGAUAGUUGUCAUGAUAUGGAACUGCUCUCGAUUCAAAUUACCGGUUGGAAUAGACUCUUGCGUCUUCAUAGACCUUUCUUGGCCCGAGGAUUACUGGAUAAGAAUAGCGUCUCGCGAAAGAGAUGUGUGGAUGCAGCAUACAACAUCUUGGCCUGCUUCCGACAUGCCAAAAAGCAUGCUCCUCUCCUUCUCAAAGUUUGGAUUCAUGUGUAUUACGUAUUUUCAGGUGCAUUGGUGUUGUUUUUGGACUUGUGUUAUGACGACGGAAGUGACAGCAAAGCAACAGAAGACAAACGAAAGGCGAUUCGAGAAAUGCUGGAUAUAUGUGAUACAGCACGUCAUCUAAGUGCAGCAGCAAAGAAUACUUACAAUCUGCUGUUGGGACUGCUAGAAGCGGAAACGGAGCUGCGAGUCCAUCAAGGACAAGGCAAAGACAAUUUCAAACCAAACUCCAAACGGAAAAGGGCAAAGACUGAAUCCAACUCCCAAGGCGUUGCAUUUUCGCCAUUCGUUUCGCUUGUUGAACGUGUGCUAGUGGAUGCAGCUUCGAAAAACAGUAGUGGUGAUAGUGCUUCAUCUUCUCUUGGAAGAUCGCCGAAUGAAUAUACCGGUUCAGUUGGCGGAUUAUUUGAACCGCCUGCAAAGAGACAUACGACAAGCUUUGUACGAGAUCGACAUUCGAGCAUGAGUAACAGUGAUAAUCGUUAUAAUUGUGGAGGAAUAAACACAGGGCAUGGCAAUUAUGGCGUAAAAGAUGUGAACAGUACGCAAAAUGGACAGAUGCAAUCUUAUACCAACACUGGCAGCUUUUCUGGUCCUCCUCUUUCGCCUUGGAGCACAUCAAGCUCUCGUGGAGGUGGAAAUGGCGGAGGAGCGAAUGCAUGGAAUAUGGGAGGAGGAUUCCCAAGUCCAACAAGUGGAGCGUUUGGGAACGGCGGAAAUCUCGGUAAUCCAUCAUUGUACGGAACAAAUGUAACAAUGAUGAGUGGUAAUGCAAACUUGAACGGAGGAGGAAUGCGAAAUACGGGAGCGGCAACGACGAAUGGCUUGAGCAGCUUAUUGGAUGAAGACAUCUUUUCAGGACUAUUGAUGAAUCAUAUGAAUUUGUUUUCAGUCAUAGUAUGUAUGUAAAAAAUGAUCUCAAUUGGUAAUAGGAAUGUCACAAUGAUUAGAAAAGGGGGUUGCACAUCU